CCACAAUAUGCCAUCUGCCUACAUACUGAUGUGCACGCCCGUCGAACCCGCUGUUCUCCACAUUUGCUACUCCUCCUUCAACUUGUGCGCGGGGAUGAUUCGAAGAGGUUGAGAUCACGCUGUGCUUCCAAAGUCUCAGCAACGAUUGUUUUCAGCGUUAUGACCUUGACUUUUCUUCAUACGUCAAAGGAUGCCGCGAGGAAUGCCAGCCAGCCUCUGAUCGAUGUAUGCGUCUCUCUCGCUGUACUUGAAACGUUAUUCGUGGUUGCGUUUAUGCUCUCAUGGCAUAUCAACAGAGGGAGCAACAGCCAUAACACCAAGGGUGUCUACGCCUUGAUGUUGGUUGGAUAUGUCUUCUGCUUUGGUGGUGCCGUCAUAGGGAUCCUGAAAGUGGUCCUCGGGGGUGCUGGGCAGCAUGCGAAAGAGCUAUCACCUGCGACUGUUCGAACGAUGCUCCAACUCAUCAAAACACACGAACUAAUUUAUGUAAUCUCAAUCCCGUUCCCGAAACUGGCCGUCAUCAGCCUCUACUUGCGGCUUUUUCAGGAAAAGUUUUGCAGGACAGCACUGCAAGGCACAGCUGUCGUCAUCUCGGCGACGGCGCUCUUUGGGUUCGUGUCUGUGUUUGCCAACUGCAGACCGUUCCAUGCGUUUUGGGACAAAAGCAUUCCGGAACAAUGCAGCUUUGAUCCCAUGACCACGAUGAAAUUUUACAGCAUCCCGAACAUAGUGACGGAUGUUGUCAUGCUCCUGGUGCCUAUACCUGCAUUGUAUAGGCUAAACAUCAGCAUGUUAGCAAAAGUCGGCGCAGCUUGUACGUUUCUAAUCAGUACAGUUGGCAUCAUAACCGCCGUACUGCGCUUCCUGGUAUUUUUGAAUGUGGACGUUUUCGAGGACGUGACGUACAAUUCCAUCUCGACGACGAGCUGGAGCAUCAUCGAGCCGGGCGUGUAUCUGAUGGCGGCGACAGUACCGACUCUCCGACCGCUGGUACGGCGUUUCUUCAGCAGCAUAUCCUCGGAUGGAUUAUCCCGACACGCGACAUGGCCAUUACCGUCGCACACGAUAUCGACGAACAAGGGACGACCAAACACGGCGCAUGUAGCGACAGCUUCGAUGCCGGAGCGCCCGAAACUCUCCAAAAAGUCAUCGUCUAGAAACGUGAUUGAAACCAUAGGGCGGGCGUCGAGCAGGCCACUGCAGCUAGAUGAAUACCAUUAUCUCCGGUAUGGGUCUGGUGUAUUCAGUGUGCGGUCCGAGGAUGAGGAAAGCAUGGUGUGUGCGGAUGCCAUUGUGUACGAGCACAUGGGACGACAGGGCAGGAAUCCGGACGGGACGCUGACGGCGUGGUCUUUGCAGCCAAUUCACCUCACAAGUCCUUUGAGGACAUCAUUUUUCUUUGGAUCGGAUACGGCUACGAGUGGAAGGCUAACGCCCUGA